AGCCAGCAGGAAGUCCGGUGUCGGAGAGGGCUGUGUUGGUGGCGGGGUUGAUGGAGAGUCUGUAGCGCGGGUCCCCGACGGGAUCCAGGUCUUGUCUUCCGUCUCAGCCCCUACCACAAGCUCCGCCCAGCAGCUCGCGGGGACGGCGACGGCCGAGCUCUCCUUACAGGCAUGCAUGAUGCUUUCGAGCCGGUGCCGAUCCUGGAAAAGCUGCCUCUGCAGAUCGACUGCCUGGCCGCCUGGGAGGAAUGGCUUCUUGUUGGAACAAAGCAAGGACAUCUUCUUCUCUAUAGGAUUCGGAAGGAUGUUGGUUGCAACAGGUUUGAAGUGACACUAGAGAAGUCCAAUAAGAACUUUUCCAAAAAGAUUCAGCAGAUCCAUGUGGUUUCCCAGUUUAAGAUUCUAGUCAGCUUGUUAGAAAACAACAUUUAUGUCCAUGACCUGUUGACAUUUCAACAAAUCACUACUGUUUCAAAGGCUAAGGGAGCAUCACUGUUCACCUGUGACCUCCAGCACACCAAAACGGGCGAUGAGGUAUUGCGGAUGUGUGUAGCAGUCAAGAAGAAGCUGCAGCUUUAUUUCUGGAAGGACAGGGAGUUCCAUGAACUGCAGGGGGACUUUAGUGUAUCCGAUGUGCCCAAGUCCAUGGCAUGGUGUGAAAAUUCUAUCUGUGUGGGCUUCAAGAGAGACUACUACCUGAUAAGGGUGGAUGGAAAGGGGUCCAUCAAAGAGCUCUUUCCAACAGGAAAACAGCUGGAGCCCUUAGUUGCACCUCUGGCAGAUGGAAAAGUGGCUGUGGGUCAAGAUGACCUCACCGUGGUGCUCAAUGAGGAAGGCGUCUGCACACAGAAAUGUGCCCUGAACUGGACAGACAUACCAGUGGCAAUGGAGCAUCAGCCUCCGUACAUCAUUGCAGUGUUGCCUCGAUAUGUGGAGAUCCGAACGUUAGAGCCGCGGCUUCUGGUACAGAGCAUUGAGUUGCAGAGGCCCCGCUUCAUUACCUCAGGAGGAUCAAACAUUAUCUAUGUGGCCAGCAAUCAUUUUGUUUGGAGACUCAUUCCUGUCCCCAUGGCAACCCAAAUCCAACAACUUCUCCAGGACAAGCAGUUUGAAUUGGCUCUACAGCUCGCAGAAAUGAAAGAUGACUCAGACAGUGAAAAGCAGCAGCAGAUCCAUCACAUCAAGAACUUGUAUGCCUUCAACCUCUUCUGCCAGAAGCGCUUUGAUGAGUCCAUGCAGGUCUUUGCUAAGCUUGGCACAGAUCCCACCCACGUGAUGGGCUUAUACCCGGACCUCCUGCCCACAGACUACAGGAAGCAGUUGCAGUAUCCUAACCCAUUGCCCAUGCUCUCAGGCGCUGAACUGGAGAAGGCUCACUUAGCUCUCAUUGACUACCUGACACAGAAACGGAGUCAGUUGGUAAAGAAGCUGAAUGAUUCGGACCACCAGUCCAGCACGUCCCCACUCAUGGAAGGCACACCCACCAUCAAAUCCAAGAAGAAGCUGCUCCAGAUCAUUGACACCACCCUGCUCAAGUGCUACCUCCAUACGAAUGUGGCCCUAGUGGCUCCCUUGCUGCGCCUGGAGAACAAUCACUGCCACAUUGAGGAGAGCGAGCAUGUGCUGAAGAAGGCUCAUAAGUACAGCGAGCUGAUCAUCCUGUAUGAGAAGAAGGGGCUCCAUGAGAAAGCUCUGCAGGUGCUGGUGGACCAGUCCAAGAAAGCAAACUCACCUCUGAAAGGCCAUGAGAGGACAGUACAGUAUCUGCAGCACUUGGGAACAGAAAAUCUGCAUUUGAUUUUUUCCUACUCAAUCUGGGUGCUGAGAGACUUCCCAGAGGAUGGCCUGAAGAUAUUCACUGAAGAUCUCCCAGAGGUGGAGUCUCUGCCACGAGAUCGAGUGCUCAGCUUCUUAACAGAGAAUUUUAAGGGUCUGGCUAUUCCUUAUCUGGAGCACAUCAUCCACGUUUGGGAGGAGACAGGCUCAAGGUUCCACAACUGCCUGAUCCAGCUGUACUGUGAGAAGGUUCAAGGUUUAAUGAAGGACUACCUCCUGUCUUUCCCUGCAGGCAAAACUCCAGUCCCUGCUGGAGAGGAAGAGGGUGAGCUGGGAGAAUACCGGCAAAAGCUGCUCAUGUUCCUAGAGAUUUCCGGCUACUAUGACCCAGGCCGGCUCAUCUGUGACUUUCCUUUUGAUGGCCUCUUAGAAGAACGAGCUCUCCUGUUGGGGCGCAUGGGGAAACAUGAACAAGCACUCUUCAUUUAUGUCCACGUCUUGAAGGAUACAAAGAUGGCUGAAGAGUAUUGCCACAAACAUUACGACCGAAGUAAAGAUGGCAACAAAGAUGUAUAUCUGUCCCUGCUUCGGAUGUACCUGACACCCCCCAGCAUUCACUGCCUGGGGCCAAUCAAACUGGAACUAUUAGAGCCACAAGCCAACCUCCAAGCUGCACUGCAAGUCCUUGAGCUGCACCACAGCAAAUUAGACAACACCAAGGCAAUCAACCUUCUGCCAGCAAACACUCAGAUCAAUGACAUACGCAUCUUUCUGGAAAAGGUCUUGGAAGAAAAUGCACAGAAGAAACGGUUCAAUCAAGUACUCAAGAACCUUCUCCAUGCCGAGUUCCUGAGGGUCCAGGAAGAACGGAUCUUACACCAGCAGGUGAAGUGUAUCAUCACAGAGGAGAAGGUGUGCAUGGUGUGCAAGAAGAAGAUUGGGAACAGUCCAGGAUUCUCUGCCAAGGGAGAGUCUGCCCACAGCCAAGUGCAUUUGCAAGAUACCCCAAUGGAGUGGUUGUGCACUACUUCUGUUCCAAAGAGGUAAACCCAGCCGACACCUGAACCCAGCAUCCCAAGGACUCAAGAGUGGAUAGCUCGCUAUCCCAGAGAGGUGAAGGAACAGCCACCUUAGGAACCAGGGACUGCUACCACCAGAUGUCUCCCUCAUUUGGAUGCCGCUGGCUACCUUGUGCCCUGGAACAUCACUGAAUUACCUGGACUUGUGACCUGGCACUACCAGCUUUUUAAUAGAAAAAGAGACUAGUUAUACCUUACACUGUUACGUUGCAGGCAAUUCCAGAGAAUUUAACACCUGCUUGGACAGGAGGAUCUGCACCGUCUUGCCUUUGCAUACCAAUCACCUGAAUAAGGAGACCUAAUCUCAAGUGCUUGUACUCCUAGGGUUAUUGACUGAGAGUUUUCUGUUAAGUACACAGCUUCACAAGUCCCUCCAGCAAGACUACCUGGAGAGUCCUGUGGGAGCUUGAUACUAACAAAACUGACUCACUAUAAUGCCAGUGAUUUCUCCACAGGAGCUAUACCCUGUGUCCUCCAAGUAGUCUCCUUGUUUAUCCCUUUAGUUUUUAAUCUCUUCUUCUUUCUCUUUCUCACUAUUUAUUUUGACCCUUAAUCUCUUCCCUUGCUACACCACCCAGACCUUCUCGCCCACUCUCUAGGUGGGGGUGAGAGGAGUAGCUAAUUUAAACAAGGUAAAAUGGAAAGACAAAAUCUGGACUUCCAGGAGUGCACUGAUAAUCAGUUAUCAGGUACAUUGUAUGAAGGUCUCAGCCAUACUCUUCUGCUGAGAGUCUGGGAGAGCAUUGUUCUCUGCAAGAGUAAGCCUUGGAACCUCCCGGGACAGCACUGCAUGGGUCGUGGUCUCCUAGGCAGGGUUCCCACAGAAGCACCUGCUCCAGCCACUCACCAGCUACUUGGGUAGGUUGUAUCAUCUUUGUGAGUGAGCUUUUUGUGCUUUGGAUACCUUUCUCCUUCCCAGCCACUUUCCAUAGCUGUUACUUACCAGCCCAUUGUCGUUCCCUGUCUUGGCUUUGCCACAGUGGAGAAUUGCUCUAGGAUAGUGGGGGAAGGUGGGUCUCCACUGCAUUCAGGGAACAGUUGAUCAGAAACUGGCACCGGUGUAAUGCUGGGUGUGUUUGCAUUGAGGGACAGCAGAAAGUGACUCUGGAGUAUAGCAGGAGACUCGUUGCCAGCUCUGUUGAGCUCAUGGGGGAGCCUCUGAGAGAUGUACAGGAUUAAUUUGUAGCACUGGAGGCUUUGCUGGGCUAGUGUUCCACAUCCUGUCCUCCGUGGGGUUUACAGAUUUACAGUCUUGUUGCCCCAAUAUCUUUAAGGGUAGUGAGGGUGAUGACAGUGCCCAGCACUUGCAUUGUCUUAGUGGCCUCUCCUUGGUACACAGACCAUUGUCGGGACUGGGCCUUAUGACAUAGACUGACUUGCUGGUGGAAAGUAGGCUAGGUGUCUCACUAGUGUGCUUUCUGUGGACAUGGCAGACUCCACUCAAGUCUCAGAGCUCAGGCAGUAUUUCAUAAGGCAGCAUGAAAGAAAAGUCACUGUCCUAACUGGCCAUAGUUGCCCAUAAGAAGCAGUACUGCCUGUGAGCCCAGCUCAGAAUGCACUAAUCCAGGAGCAGCAGUUAGGCACCAGAUAGCCAUCUUGUGCAGGACAGGAACAUGCCCCAUCAUGAGAGUCCUGUCUUCCUGGCCUGCUAUGCUUGUAGCUUCCUUUCUCACAAACUGUGUUUGAAGGAAUAGAAUAAAGACUUUUCAUCUGACUGGUAUACAUAUAUGACCCUGUUUUCCCAAACUCCAUCCUUCCUUCCCUGGACUCUGCCCUCCAUGGAGGAAUGGGGGAAGUGGAGGAAAAGCUCUGGACUGAGGAUGAUGGAGGGCUCUAAGCUAAUCCUCAAUAAACAUAAACAAGAA